CCCUCCCCAAGUGAAAACGUCUUUUGUCUCCGUAUGUAUUAAAGACGCGUCCCUUGCGUUACCUUCAACCCACAGGACCUUAAAACCGGCGCUCAGAGGGACGUUUAACAUCGAAAGCCAGCAAGAUGAAGCGUUUCGCUUUGUUCACCCUGGGUCUGUCUUUAAUUGCGGCAUUUUGCGUUGCAAAGACACCUUAUCAGUCAGUGCUUCAACACAGCAGAAUCAGAGGAAGACAACAUGGACCCAAUGUGUGUGCAAUGCAACAGAUGCACGGCACUAACAAGAAGUAUUUUACCAACUGCAAGCAGUGGUAUCACCGCAAGAUCUGCGGCAAACCGACGAUCAUCACCUAUGAAUGCUGUCCAGGCUAUGAAAGAAUCCCUGGGGAAAAAGGGUGUCCUGCAGCUCUACCAUUGGUGAACAUCUACAGAACCCUGGGCGUGGUUGACGCUACCACGACCCAGAUGUACUCUGAGAGAGCCGAGCUGAAGGCUGAGAUCGAGGGGCCAGGGAGCUUCACGUUUUUCGCCCCCAGCAACAAGGCCUGGGAAUCCCUGUCUGCCGAAAUCCUGGAUGCUCUCGUAAGCAAUGUCAACAUUGAGCUGCUCAACGCUCUGCAUUACCAUAUGGUCAACCGGCGCUUGACCUCUGAUGACCUCAAGCACAACUCUGCCUACUCAUCCAUGUACCAGGACUUCAAUGUCCACAUUCACCACUAUCCCAAUGGAGUUAUCACUGUCAAUUGUGCCCGUCUAGUGAAGACAGACCAGCAUGCGACCAAUGGGAUUGUCCACGUGGUUGACCGGGUCAUCACAGCCAUCACCAAUGACAUUCAUUCCUUCAUUGAUACUGAUGACAACUUAGAAACCCUGCGGACCGCAGUGGCCGCUGCUGGCCUGACAUCCGUGCUGGAGAGCAAUGGUGAGUACACUGUAUUUGCACCAACCAAUGAGGCCUUCGAGAAGAUUCCACAUGAAACUCUGACCAGGAUUCUGGGUGAUCCUAUUGCUCUGAGAGACCUGCUGAAUUACCACAUUCUGAAGAACAUUCAGUGCUCUGAAUCUAUUGUGGCUGGCACCCCUCUGGAGACCCUGCAGGGCACCGUGCUUGAAGUGGGAUGCGAUGGCACUAACAUGACCCUCAACGGCAAGGCCAUCGUCACCAAAACAGACGUGCUCGGAACCAACGGUGUCAUCCACUACAUCAACGAGCUUCUUAUCCCUGACUCGGCCAAGACCCUGCUAGAACUGGUCCAGGGGUCACCUCUAUCGAUAGCCACGCAGCUUUUUGUUGAUGCUGGAUUGAGGUCCCACUUGUCUGGAUCAGAAGCUUUGACCCUCUUGGCUCCUCAGAAUGAAGCCUUCAAAGGCGGCAGCAUGACGCUAAACUCUGAGAACAAGAGGCUGUUGAGGAACCAUAUCUUGAAGAAGCAGCUGUCCUCCAAGCACCUGUAUGAUGAGCAGAUAUUGGAGACUCUUGGGGGGCUGAAGCUCCGAGUGUUUGCCUACCGCAAUAACCUGUGCAUCGAGAACGCCUGCAUUGCCGCCCAUGACAAGACUGGCCGCUUUGCCACCCUAUUUACCGUGGACAAGGUCCUGACCCCACCGAUGGGGACUGUCAUGGAUGUGCUGAAGGCGGACAACCGUUUCAGCAUACUGGUAGACCAGAUCCAGAAGGCAGGCCUGACAGAGCUGCUGAACCAGAAAGGGUUCUUCACUGUCUUCGCUCCCACCAACGUGGCUUUCCACGGCAUGAGCUCAACAGAGCGGAACAGGAUCAUGGGUAACACUCAACAGCUGGAGAGCCUGCUGAAGUACCACAUCGGCCCGAAGCUGGUGGUAAGUGGAGGAGCGGGAUCCCACACCAGGCUGCAGCCGCUGCACGGGGACAGCCUAGAACUAAGCAUGAAGAAUGGGACCUUGUACGUCAACAAGGUGCAAGUGACAGAAAGCGACAUGAUGGCCACUAACGGAGUCGUCCACGUCGUGGACACCAUCGUUAAGCCGCUGCCUGCCAGGGUUGUCAGCGAUGAGACAAAUGUUGGGGCAGGCCAGAGGGUGUUCAGACAUGCCCCCCGCCCACAGAUCAUUAGAGACGAGGAUCUUUUUCAGAAGGUUUUGAGAAGUCAUUCCAGUAGAACUGUGCAUCACUCCCAGUAAGUCCACACAGAAAAACCAGUCAUCCAGGAGGAAAGCAACCCCCAAGUUAUGAAAAUGAUUCCUUCUACUAUGGAAUAUAAUCAUACACUUGAACAUUCAGUGGGUAACGCAUCUCUAUUUUCUUAAAAUAAAAAUGAACCAGAAAAAAUGCAGAGGUUAAAAUAUUUUGGUAAAUAAAUAUUUGUAUGGUUGUUUUAUUAUGCCAAAGACCAAUGUUGAAUUAGCAGUACUAUAUUUUUUGUGCAUGCUGUGUUAACGUGCAUUGUCAAACCAAGAACCGUUCUUGCUUUAUAAAGCAGAGUUUUAGAGAACUCGUACAUGUGAAAGUACUCUUCCGUUAUUCACAAUGUAAAGUCAGAACCGAUUAUUCUCUUACUAUAUACUUGUAGCAUGUUUGCAUGGUUUAAGACUGAAUCCGUUCAUAGGCAUUUGCUUUUCUAAGGCCUGAUCAUGUUUUCUCUGUUUUGUGGAUUUUCUAACAAACACCCAAAUCAGACACACCCAUUCUAUAACAAAUUAUCAGUGACUUGUGUGAAGGACCCCAGAAAUGAUUGCACAUCCAAAAAUAAAACAAUAAUUUUUUAUUUGAGUGUUGCUUUGGUAUUUUAAAAACACAGUAAACCAGCCUCUUUUGUGCUAUGCAUUUCUCAUCCAGUAUUGUAGCGAGGAUCUUCUUCUGUAUAGAUACUUUCAAUAGCUUAUGUAGUGUCUUUGUUUAACAUUUCUCCAGUAGUUACUUGAAUAAACGCAAAAGCUAUUUGUUAUGAA